AUGGCUUCCACGGGCUGUGGCAUCGGCUCGUGGCGGCCAAAGUGGCUCCAGUUGUGGGCAACACCUAAAAUGUUCCUGCUACUAUUUGGCCUAGAGGGUAUAUUACAAGGUGGAGCCUACAUGUACAUGGUGGCCUCGUUGACCACGCUGGAAAAACGGUACGCCUUUAACAGUCUGGUGUCCGGCUUUAUAUUGAUCGCCGACGACGUGAGUGGACUCAUAUUUAGACCAAUUAUGGGCUACCUGGCCAACCGGUUGCACCGGCCACGCCUGAUUGGCUGGUCAAUGAUCCUGGUGUCUUUAGGAUGUUUUUUCGCAACAGUUCCAUAUAUUAUAUACGGCCCGGGAGUACACAUGUUGGGCACAAAAAUUGUUAAUAAAACGGUCGAGUAUUGCGAUAACAAUAGAGGUGUGGACAGUAGUUGCGCGGCCAGUGAUAGUGGCCGUAGUGUUUGGAUACCAGUGCUAUUCCUAUGGCUGUCCACUGCGCUGAACGGUGUGGGCGGCUCUGCCUUCUGGACGAUUGGUAUGCCUUUCAUUGACGACAGCGUCAAGAAGAAGAAUUCGCCCAUUUAUAUAAGUAUGGCCGCGUGUUUCCGACUGUUGGGUCCGACAAUCGCUUUCCUUCUCUCCGCAUAUGUAUUGACAUACUAUGAAAACCCAUUGAUUGACCCUGGUAUAACGGACAAAAGGGACCCUCGUUACGUGGGCGCAUGGUGGAUUGGUUUUGCCUUAUUGGGCGUACUUAUAUUCAUAUUCGCAUUACCAUUGUUUAUGUUUCCCAAAAAGUUUGCCAAAAAGCACCCUGAUGAUUAUGCAGAUAGUAAAGACGACAACAAAAAUUAUGUUGAUAAACAAGUACAAAUUGAACGUGAUGCCAAAGCAAAAGCAAAGGCUGAUGCCAUCAAUAAAGCAAAUGCCGAACUAAGUCUGGGUUUUAGACUCAUGCGGUUACUCAAGAAUCCUAUAUUUGUGUGCUUUGUUUUGGGCACAACUCUGCGACUGUUCGGAGUGUUAGGGUAUAUGACAUUCAAACCCAAAUACAUGGAAUCCCAGUAUAAACAGUCCGCCUCUUCGGCCAACAUGUUGUCAGGUAUCAUUGGUAUCGUUCCCUCAUGCAUUGGUAUAUUAUUGGGCGGAGUAUUCAUUAAAUACACACAGCCCGGGCCUAAAGUGCUCACAUCAGUCAUCACUAUUGUUGAAUUGUUUGGUACAAUCGGCUUCAUAUCGGCCCUAUUCCUGGGCUGUCCGCUCACACCCUUCGCCGCACUUCCCCAAUAUUCGUCGUGUGAUUGUUUCGGUGGCUCAGGAGUGGCUACAGAGGGCUACUGUCCUACAGAUUGUGGUCAUAAAUUUCAAACAUAUAUAGCAAUGUUUAGUAUCAGUAAUUUUGUUGGCACUCUGGCCCGCACUGGCAAUGCUAUUAUAUCUUUCCGCAUGGUCGAUAAAUAUGAUAAAAGUUUGGCGUCCGGUUUAUGGGGCUCAUUCUACUCAUUAUUUGCAUUCAUCCCAUACCCUUUGGUCUACGGCGCGGUCACAAACACGGCGUGUGAGGUCUGGGAGUCAAAGUGCGGCAAAACCGGUAAUUGUCUGGUCUAUGAUUCGGACAAAUUCCGGAACCGACUCCACGGCCUGACACUAACCCUGUAUUUCUUGGGAUCCGUUUUCGAUGUAAUCAUUAUAUUCUUGUCGUCGAGAAUCAAGAAUCUGUACGACGACGAGGAAGAGGGAGAAAUCAGCGAUUUUAUGGAUUGAUUAUUAAUUAUUGUUAUGGAAAAUAAAAUAAUUUAAAACAAAC